AUGUCUGCCACUCUCGAGGCAUCACCAUUUCAAUACAACGACUCGUUCAAGCCUUCUAAAUCUCGAAAAAGGCGAAAGCACCCCACUCAAACUCCUAACGCCGCAGACCUCUACACGCGCUGUGCAGAAGAGCUCAAGUCUGGCUCAUGGCUCGAUCAAUGUCACCGCCUUAUGACUGGCGCCUUGACUGAAGGCUCAUCGCACUUUUCGCGCGUGUUGUGUCUUGGGUUAGGAUGUCCCACUUCAUCGAAAGAGGCUCGUGCCCAGCUGGCCCUUCUCCUCGAGAUAUGUCAACGUAACUCCUUGGACCUUAGUAGGAUCUUCGUCUAUGACCCUGUGUUCACGGAUGAGGACGUAAAAUUUCUCAAUGGCCUCCAGAUAUCAGUGCUGUCGGAGAACAAACAUGGACGUUAUUCUAUCGAAACGCCAACCCUACUGUUCAUGCCACAUUGCGACAAGAAACUUUACGAACGCCUACUGCGCGAGAACUGGACGCCUGAACGGCUGUCUAACCUCUUCAUGAUCUGUAAUAACUUCAGAGAAUAUCUUGACAGUCAUCCGUCUCAUGUGCUCAUGGCUGAAUUCCCUUGCAUCUCUCGGCUCACGCCUUAUCUGUCAACCCGACCGCUCCCGACCGGGUCGACUUACCCGAACGCCUUCACGAGCACUGCGAUACAAUAUAUUGCAGCUCUCGCCCCCUCUACGCCACAAACGCAAACACAAACACAAACGCCAGCGCUACCUCCUCCCAGCGAUAACGCAUUCUGGGAGUUGCCGCCCGAGCUAGGCGCCCAAGCUGAAGAUGAUCAAGCUCCUCGAGGUCACGGCGCUCAGGCCCAGGAGGCUGAUACAGGCGCCGGAAGCGGGGAGAACGACGGUUUUGUGACUGUGGGGCGCCAGACCCACCAUCAGCGGGAAGAACCCGAUGGGUGUAGACUCGGAGUGCAACAGAUCUCCCACCUACAGUUGCAGGGCGAGAACGAGGAACGAGAUACCGUCGACCAUUGGCAGGCCUGGCCUACGGCUGCUUGA